AUGGAGACGUCACAUUCUCUUCGCUGUGCGCCAACACGCCGUUCACUUAAAUUUCAUGCAGGUGCCCACGCCCAGCAUUUUAUCCUCUUUGAUCCUUCCAUCAGCAAGCACGACCGUAUGAUUCUUUAUAUGGAGCUGUUUGCCUUUAUACAACAUUUUAUUGAUACUGAGGCCAUUCCACACUUCAGACCUUCAAGGUAUUUACCUGAAGAAUACGUUGAGCUUCGCGUUUUGACAGACCCGCGUCAUCCUGCAUACGGACAGAUCGGUCUUUUUGCCAAGAAUACAAUCCCUGCCAACACAGUCGUGACACCCUAUAGCGGAUAUAUCGAAAUUUUCAGUACCUCCUGCAGCUCCAGAACCUACACGAUGGGCUUUGGUUCCUUUGGAGAUGAAUAUGCUUUGGACGCCGAGUUUGUUGGCAAUUACGGCCGUUUUGCAAAUGACCCUCGAGGGGUUGAGGGGCUUGUGGCGAAUCUCACCGCGGAGAGUCGGUUCACGCCGCGGGGAGAGGCGUACACGGCAUUGGUUUCCAGGCGAAUUAUUAACAAGGGCGAGGAGAUUCUGAUGUCAUACGGUAAAGCGCAUAGUCUUACGCCUAGUCCGUGGGUGGGAUUAAAAGGAGAACUUCUUACGCGCCAGCGGGCUGGUGGCAUCGUCCCCUUUCCGCAACUUAUGAGCAAAAGGAGAAACGGUUUGAUUCCUCAUCUAGAAUGGGCCCCAGUGCGAGGGAAUUUAAACUCUCUUGCCUCACUUGGGAGUCAUGAUGAUACCGCACGGAUUUAUCAUAAAUGGCUACAGAAAUCAGUUGAUGUCUCGGGCGCCCAUUCACCUGCCGAAAAUGAGAAUACAGAGAUGGUGCUACUGUGGGAGUGUCCACAGUGUGGAAUGUGGAGCAUUGGAAGCCCCACACCUGUGAGUAUUAAUCACUGCUUCUUAUGCCGUUCACCUCGACUUCAGCGGGCUCGCAUGGUGGCAGUUUGUUGCUCCCCUUCAUUGUCACGUGAGGAUGUGUUGGCGUCGGUGAUUCGAGGUGUGGCGUCCGUGCCGUCUUCCCCGCUGGGCGAGCAGCCGCCGGAUUUGCCCUUUUCAACGGCAAUCGAGGAUGGAGCCAGCGCGUUGGGAACGUACAUUGCCUCGUCAUCAGAGGGAAUUUGUGUCAAAAGCGACCAGAAGGGCAGCGGCAGUGGUGAUGCGAGUGGAAGCCCCACAAAAGAAAUAUUAACGUUCCCAUUUGGCUCGGAAGCCGUGAGUUGGCCCCUCAACGUCCCGUUUCUCCCCUGGCAGGUGUGGGAUUCCGCGGUUCCGCUCUCGGCCAUUAGAAAGCACUCCAGAUUUGAGACACAUGUAAGCAUCUUUUUGUAUGCCGUCAAUACCGCAAGUGAGGAAGAUCAUCGGCCAAUGGGUAGUGAGGGUAAGCGGGGCAGAGAGGAGGGCGAGGCAAGAGAACUACACCAACAACGAACUCAACUGCAUCAGAGAGGACGAAGGCCACGAGUGCGGCGAAAAAAAGAAGAGUUGUGGCAAAAAGAGGAACUACUACCAAGCAGUGUGCAGGAUCACGCUGAGGCGAUAACAGCAUUGAAUCCAACGAGGAAAUGUUUAGGCGAAACGAAAACUGCGGAGAACAGUAACGCCACGGAUUACCUCUUCUACAUUAGUAGCUCUUCUUUGUGCGGCGAGAAUCAGUAUGACGCCACUGAGGACAAUAGCGAGGAUGCUGCUGUUCAUUCCGCGUCUCAGUCAUUAUUGAAGGGCGUUGUUCGUCGGGUUUUUGCUGGCAAGUCGUACCAAAGCGGUGAGGUGGUGGCCGCUGUGGGUGGGCUGAUUGUGCCCACGUCUGACGGACGACGGCGACCCGAUAGCUCUGUAUUGGAGAUACCAAUGAAGUAUUUUUUACCGGCACGGGUUCGUCGUAAGCUGCGCGGCAUGCGAAAUGGUGGCAGAGGGCCAACAAAUAGUGAGAUGGACGUGGAAGAGGCAAUGACCCUUUCUGACCUUCUUCGGCGCCUCGAGGGCCUUUCACUGAUUGUAACGAAUGAGCUGAUGUUCUGUCCUUGUCUUGUCCUGCGAGACGAGGAGGAGAAGGAUGAUAGGCAUGCAUGCACGGAUGGCAUUGAACAAGAGGGAAAUAGCUUUUCCAAGCGUCACCCGUUGAUUGGAGCAUGUAAUGUGAGUUUUGUCUUGACAAUGGAUGCCCUUGGGUCUCCGUACGUCGCUGCGGUCGCUUUGAAAGACAUCAACACCUUUGAACCGUUGCUGGCCUGUGUUGGCUCCUGA